CCAACAACCGCCCCCAUCUCGUCACCUUCUUCCUCCAUAUCUUCAAAAUGAGCGACUGGGACUCCGUUACGCGCAUUGGAACCCGCCACACUGGUGGCCCUGCCACCCGUGAGACGGUCAUCAAGGGCAAGAGCGCCUUGAACGCCGCCCAGCGCCAGGGUCUCGUCAUCGGCACCGAGAAGAAGUACGCCACCGGCAACACUGCUGCCCGCUCCGGUGCCCCUGAAGGCCAGCACCUGACCAAGGUCGACCGCAGCGACGACAUCGUCAAGCCCAAGACCGUCGGCAUGCAAGUCGCCGAUGCGAUCAAAAAGCGCAGAAACGAGGACCCCUACAAGAUGACUCAGAAGGAACUCGCCACCAAGUGCAACACCACCAUCACCGUUAUCCAGGACUUCGAGCGGGGUACUGCUACUCCCGACCAGAAGGUUCUCGGUGCCAUGGAGCGUGUGCUGAACGUUAAGCUGAGAGGUACCGGCAUCGGACAGGACAAGUUCCCCAAGAAGAAGUAAAUUGAUCGGGGUGAGCCCGCGGCUUUUUCUUAGGGGAGGGGGAAGAUCAAAAAAAAACUGAUGAUUGAACCGAUUUUCUUUUCUCUUUUUUGAUGCCUCGGGGUUUCCUUUUUCCUUUUACUGGAACGUUUCGGGUGUUGUUACGUUAUUUCAUUUCUAUUUUCAAUGAGAUCCCCAUGAUU